AUGGUACCAUUUUCAUACCUUAGACGUGCGAAAGGUUCGGGUGUGUUGAGGCGGUUGCUGGAACUGGACGACAAUGUGUUGCCGCAGACAAUCAAGUUUGUAGCUGCAAAGGCGUUAAAUGAUCGCAAAUACCCGCCUCAGCCAGCACACACUCCAGGUUCAGGCAACUACAGUACCAAAUAUGCGACACAUAAGCCUGUAGCACGCGACUAUGGCGGCGACGUCGCCGAGCUCAUCCAGGAGAAGGUCGCACACACCAGCGCUGAACAAUGGACGCCCAGCGCCAUAAUAACCGUCGUAUACUACCUGUCUGAGGCAGGUGUAUGCCUGGAAAGCGCGACUAGGGAUCUAUUCGUUAGGAAGGUCACCGAGGCUGAUAAUCUCAACAUCAUCGACCUCUGGCAGGCACUCACAGCUGCAAGCAGGCUACGCAUAUACAUCCCGGUUGGUAAGCUCAAACAGCACCUGGAAACCAACACGGAAGCUCUGCUUCGUCCGUCGAGAUGCAGGAACGUCUCCUCGGCGAUCAGGGCGUUCUCUACAUGCGGGGAGGCGCUCGACGCCCUGACGCUCCAGCUGAUAUCAUCGCACUACCUUGAUGAGAUGAGCGCCGCCGUUGAUUUCAAGGAUGCUACCAACUUCGCCAACGCGCUCGCCAUGCAAUGCAGUCUGCUGUGCGCAAAAAGCAAGGAUGAAACGAAGGAUGAUGGAGGCAGGGCAACCCUUGAUGGCGAUCUAGCUGAAGCAGUAGACAGGGUCAUUGAUGACACUCGUAUGCGCACGAAAGACAGUGAUGCUGAUCUGGAGGGUAUUGCGGAUACGUUUGAUGCCAUUGUUCAGACGAUGCAAUGGAGGAGCUUCGGCGAAGAGGCGUACGCCCGCCGGGUUGAGCAAAUGCAGAAUCUGGUGUCCAGCAUAAACAGUCGUAUAGGCGCAGUGGAUGUUUCAUACGCUGUGAAUUCAGACAGUAAAUCACGCAAUGCCCCGAAAGAGACGAAAGCGGAACCCAGGGUACUGCGGGUGGUGCUGAGAUGCCUGAUGCAAGCAGGAAUAUACCACCCGGAGCUGAUCGACAAAAUCUUCUACUUAUAUCGCAGACAGCCGCAAUCGUGGAGUGCAUAUGGAACAGCGGAGGUUCUCAGCUGCGCAGCCUUCUUCGGGAUGCGAGACACGGCACUGGGAGACAUUGCGGAGCACGUAAGCAACAACUGCCUGCGGAACCUCCUCAGACACGUUCCUCCAUCGCGGAUUCUAUUGGAUAUAUGUGUUGCGGCGGCUCAGGCUGCCGAUAAACGCUCCCGCGUGCGACUCCACCGACUGGUGGCCGACGUACUGGCUCACGAAGAUCCCAUCGACGAGCGCGAUCUUGCGCUCGCCAUGCUAACGCUCCAGCUAUCUCCCGGCACGUUUGAGAUGUCACGAAAUUGCCGUGCGGCUGGAAGCUCGGGGGUUGUCGACCUCCUGCACAUCACUCACCAACAAGACAGACAAACGUCAGCAGCCAUGGAGAAGCUGGAUUUUAACCAGGCUGCGCAGAACGCGCAAGCCAUUCCUCACAACCAGCAGGAGAAGCAGAUGCAAGAGGAGGCCAAGCGCGAGAGCAUCUUGGAGGCCAGGCGCAUGACACUGCGCACCUUGCUUACUGUGGAAGCACAGGAACGACUAAACCGCAUCGCAAUGGUCAAGCCAGAGAAGGCGACCCAAAUCGAGAAUUACCUAAUGCAGACGGCGUUUAGAGCCGGAAGACACAACAAAAUGGACGACCCCGAGCUGAAACACCUCAUCGAGGCUAUGGGAGCGGGGGCCUCGAAGAACAUCUCCAACAUAAAGGUAAAUCCAGAACGCCGACCUAGGAAAUAUGUAGAUUCAACGGAAGCGCUGGAACGACGAGUCGGACUCUGA